CAGGUGGGGCUUUGUGCGCUUCUGUGGGCCAGCCUCAUCCUUCAGGACUGCUCUUGCAUUUCUGGCCCAGCCUCUUUCACUCCCUUUGGGGCAGGCAAAGAACAACAGAGCAAAAUGAUUUCUAGAAUUCUCUCCCUGUCCCUGGUUCUGGUGCGGACCCUGUGCCUUGAAAGCUGGUUCCAAGUCCAGCUUUGCAGGUUCUAAGAAGGCGCUUGGUUCCCUUUGGCAUCCUCUGUGUGAAUGAGCUGAUCUGUUCUCCUCCGAGGCGAGGAUUCUGCUGUCUGGAGAAAGGCAGAACUUACAGGGAUGAUGGAGGCGGAAGGCAGAAGCUCCACUCGUGGAGGACGAAGGAAGCGGCUGCGCCUGUGCUCAGAGCAAGUCGAAAAUACAAAGGAGGUGGAAGCGGCGGCGGCGGAGAAGCAGAAUGAGCCCCAGCCGCCACCCAGGACGCGGCAAAGCAAGCCGUACCAGUACUGGACCAUACUCCAGAAACGCCUGCGCCGCGCUCUGGACAUGAUGAAGAAGGAGGACUUGAAGCCCAUCCACCUGAGCCACGGCCUGCAGCACCUGAGUCGCUCAGUCUUGGGCAGCCCCGUACGCUGCGUGACGUACCAUUUGCACGGGAACCGCUUUGUGGUGCUCGACUCGGAGAACAAGCUGCACUUCUUGAGGGAGGACGGCUCCUACAAGAGCUGCCUGAGGGCCCCUGCCCCCAUGGUGGGAAUCCUGUACGCCUCAAUGGUCAACCAGUUUGUGGCUUGGGACGAGGGCGGCCUCCAGGUCCUGGACUCCGACUUCCAGCUGCUCUCCCAGGUCCGCUCUGCCGUGCCCAUCCGAUGCGGGAUCUACAGCGAGAACCUGAACCGGAUCCUGACCGCGGGGGAAGGGAACCUGACCAUCUGGGACUUCCGCUAUGGCUGCCGGAGCCUGCAGUGCCGCGCCAUCCUGAGGGAGGGCCUGGGGCCUGGAGACGUCUUCUCCCACAUCGCCCUGGACACCAGCAGCUUCCAGCCCCAGCGCUGCUUUGCCUCCAGCAUGACUGGAGCAGCGGCCUGGGAUGUCUCCAAUGGGAAACUCCUCUCUUUCAAGAUGGAACUUCACAGCAGGGCGAUCACAGACAUCACCUACUGCGAAGUGAUUGGCUGCGCUAUCACGGCCUCACGGGACACAACCAUCAAGGUCUGGGACAAGAACUGGCACAUUCAGACGGUCUUUGUGGGCCACACAGGUCCGGUCGUCGCUGUGACCAUCUACCCUCAGAGGGCCAUCAUAUUCUCCGCCUCCCAGGACGGCACAAUCCGCACCUGGAACCUCAACACCAUUGACCAGGUGGACCAGGUCCAUUUAUCGGAGCCCGUGGAGACCCUGAAGGCCGUGACCCUGUCUCACAUCGUCUCCAUCUCCGGCUCGUCCCUGACCCUCUGGAAGAUCAACAAGCUCUACUCGCUCUACACGCCCGUGGGCUGCCCCAUCCGCCGCAUCAACUGCGUCAACCUGGAGGCCCUUGGCAACUUCCCCGUCCGCGCCCUCUGCAUCUGCCAGGACUCCACCGUGCGGAUGGUGGAUGCUCAGAGCGGAGUCAUCAUCUCCAUCCUUUUCUUGGACAGCCCCCGCCAGGGCCUGGAGCUGGCGUACUGCCUGCCGCGCGAGACCCUCUUUGUGCUGAUGGAGGAUGGCGCCGUGCUGUGGGCCAACAGCGCCCAGGACCCCAUGCAGACCAAGAAGAGUCUGCCAGGCAGCACCUGGGAGUCUGACCCCUGCUGCCUCAUGGUCUACAGCCACGUGCUGGACCCGGAGAAGGCCUAUUCCCAGUGGCUGGACGUGCUGGAUUGCAAGGGCUACAAGAAGCAGUGGCUGAAACUCCCAGAUAAAAACAGGUUCCUGCUAAUUUUGGGACACAAAACGGGCUUCCUCACUGUCGUGGAGUGGUUUCUGGCCCGAAACCGCUACAAGGUGGAGGCACACGGCUCCCAAGCGGUCACGGCCUUGGCUGAAUACCCCACGCAGAUGUGUAUCAUUUCAGCAGGUGCCGACCGCACGGUGAAGAUGUGGCGUGUUUUCCCCUACACCACGGAGUGCCUGGUCCCGCUCCUGAGCUUCUCCUGUGCCUCCCCUGCCUUGCACCUGUGCUCCCUGGGGGAGACACUGGCGGUGGCCUUCCAGGACCCCCAGACGGCCACCUAUAGCGUCGUCUACUACAACCUGAUGAAGCAGACGCGCUCCGAGCACAAACCCGAAGAUGAUGCCCAGGACAACAUCACAGGCCUCUGCUGCUGCCCCAACCUGAAGCUCGUCGCUUCGUCCAGCAGAGACGGAUCCGUGAAGAUCUGGGACAUCGAGAACAAGCUGCUGCGGCACCUGAAGAUGAACACCAUCCCGGAGAGCCUGGCCUUUGCCAACCACUGGGGGGACCUGCUGGUUGGGCUGGAGAGACACGUCUUCCUCAUCCACCACAACAAGUACCUGCCCAACCACUACAAGAUGAAGCUGCUGUGCGCCAGGUUCCUGGAGCCCCUCAAGGGCAUCCCUCUCCCCAUCAGCGAUGCCCACUUCGAGGCUCUUGUCAAGGAGAACGUCCGGCGGCUGAAGCAGGACCAACCCUUGGAGGAGAUUGAGUCCCCUGUGCCUGGAGGCCGCAGGAUGGCCUUGCAGGAAUCCGGAGUGCUCCGCGACAUCCAUGCCAGGACGGAGGGACUCUCCCAGAUGGCCGACAGGGACCAGGAUCUGGAGCUGGUCCAGAAGGGGAAAGCAAGCGUGGCCAAGAAAUUGCGGCCCACCAAGGAAAUGAAGGAAGAGGCCUUUGAGAAAUACCUGAAGAUAUUCUACAAGCCGCAACCCAAAAUUGAGAUCCCGGAGGAGGACACCUUCAAUGCCGAUGAGGUGCUGGAAGUCAUGCGCCAGGCGAAGUCCCUAUCGGAGCUCUAUGGGCCAGACGGCAUGUUCCUGGGGUGCUUCCCCCCACCCAUUUCCCUGGAACGUCCCGAGACAUUGGAGGACACCAGCUCCCCUGCAGAGGAGAGCCCCCUGGCGGUCCUCUCAACAGCCCCGUCUGUGUCUGAAAUCAAAGAAGCUGUAUCCCCGGUUCCUCCAGUGAGAGUCCCGGUUUUUGGGUUGAGAAGGAGCAAAAGUGAGCAGAUAGGCAUGGCACAAAAGGGAAAGAAACCCCCCAAGCCGAGGAGGAGGAGGUUGCCCCCUCCGGUGCCCUCGCCACUGGUGACAGCCCCCGAGGAGAUUCCGGAGCCCAGCUCUAGCUCUCCCUUGGACGAAGCGGAGACGUUUUCCCCCAGCACAAGACGUCCUUCCCCAGGCCUCAUCCUCUCUGGAAUGGACACCAGGGGUAGCAAGGUCAAGAUUCGUAGGGCAACGUUGAAGAAAGACUUGGGUGCAAUCCAAGAGUCCGAAAUGGGUGCUUCCGUCACACCCCCUUCACAACUCUCCUCAACCCCCAGUUUUCCUGGGGAGCCCAUCAAGAGCGAGAAGAGUGUCGUCUUCAAGGAGUUCCCAUCGCCAGACAAGAGCCAGGGGUCUCCUUCCUCGCCAGAGAAGAGCCAGGGGUCUCCUUACUCGCCAGACAAGAUCCAGGGGUCUCCUUCCUCGCCAGACAAGAUCCAGGGGUCUCCUUCCUCGCCAGACAAGAUCCAGGGGUCUCCUUCCUCGCCAGACAAGAGCCAGGGGUCUCCUUCCUCGCCUGGCAAGAGCCAAGGGUCUCCUUCCUCGCCUGGCAAGAGCCAGGGGUCUCCUUCCUCGCUUGACAAGAGCCAGGGGCCCUUUCCCUUGCCAGCCAAGAGCCAGGAGUCACACCCAGCUUUGCCAGUCAGGAGCCAGGAGUUGUCUCCCUUCUCGCCCGUCAGGAGCCAGGAGUCUUCACCCAAGUCCCUGGGCUCCAUUUCCCGCAUGAAGAGCCAGACAUCUUCCGUUAUCAUCAAGGGCUUCUUUCCCGAGAGGCCGCCUUCCGGCAGCAAGGACUACUUCAGACUGCAGGAGCUGGAGAGCCACCAGGCGCCGCUGCCCAGGUUGUCUUCUGGGUUCAUCCCCAACUCGGUGGCUGCCCUGCAGUUUCACAGCGAGGAGAUGCUGGCGGAGGAGAGAGAGGAGAGAGAGGAGAGACUCAUGGGGGUGGUGGAGCCGGAGACAGAAAGCCCCUCGAGAACGUUCGCAAUGUGGAAGGUGGACGAGGACGAAGAGCCAAGGACACAGGUUUCUGAAGAGACCGGCAUAAUCAAGCCCAGUAGAAAACAGACGGAUCUUCCUGAGAUCUUCCUGACGCAGCUGGAUGAGUCUCAAUACCCGGAGCAGAAGAAAGAGCCACCCUUCUUUGUCCUCCCAUUCUUGGACAUGCAGUGGUUCCAAGACCUUUUUCCUGAGGGCUUUCCACCGGACAUGACCUUGAAUGAGUUCCUGACGAAGAUGAUGGCGUCAUUGGUUGUCACCAGAGACUUUGGCCAAAAGGCAGAGCUGGUUGCAGCCAUCUUGAGCCUGAAGGACGAGAUGGGGAUUCGGAUGAAAGAGCUGGUCUGCAGCACCUUUAUCCAGGUGUUGAACAAGAGGGACGACAUGCCCUCCCUCCGGGAAAGGAAGCACCGGAAGUUCAUCCUGGGCACCUUGCAGGCCCUUGUGAAGAUGGACAAGAACAACAAAGACCUGAUGGUGGAGCUCAUGGCCUUUUACCUGCAGGCUUAUCCCCCGGACAAGGUCAUUAUUUACAAUCUGAUGAAGCAGGUGGGAGUCCAGGACCCCCACAGCUAUUUCACCAAGGAGCUGAGCUCCUGGCCGGUGGAGGCGAGCGACGCCAAAGAGACCGUGCGAGGAGCCUGCGACCAGUGGCUGGGAGGGAAGAUGCGGGAGCUCAAGGAGCACAGAGCUCAGCUUUUGGCGCAGAAGGUUCCAUCCAGGCAGGGGUAUUACUUUAAACCUUUCCAGAAGCAGAAGAGACGCUCCACCAUGGAGACGGAGAGCAAGAUGUCUUCCCCGGAAAUCUUCCAAGAGGAGCAGAGCGGCUCUAGUGUGGACCAAGAGAGGCGGCUGGAGGGGAAAUAUUCCCCUGAGAGCUACAAAGAGGUGGGAAAAGACCUGGGUGAGAAGGAGCAGGCAGAGAGGAGAUUCCUGGUGGAGGAGAAGAGGGCAUGGAAGGAGGAGAGUCGACAGGAGCCAGAGGGUGUUGAUGUCACGGACAAUACAGAGCGGUCAGAGAUGCAGGAGCCAGGAAGCCUGGAGGCGGAGACUUCUCGGUUUGGGAUGCAGCCCGUCUGCCCUGUCGAUGCCAUCCAUUACUUUGCCGAAAAGCAGCUGGAGAAGGAGAUGGAGGAGAUGAAGAAGCAGCUGGUCUCUUCAGAGCUAAUCGCUCUGAAGGACACUCCCAAGGACACCGUCAAGGACACUCCCAAGGACACCGUCAUGGCCUUGCCUCCCAUUAAGAAGAAGCGUGCCAUCCUGCGGCUCGGAGAAACCAACGCCAUGUUGAGGAAGAGAAUACCCGAGCGCAUCUUCUGCCCGUACAUCUUCUCACGCUACCUCAUGAAGGGGUUUGCGCCCUUUGUGAAACUUCCCCUGCCGAGAAUCAACUUGGAUCCGUUCCCACCCAUUCUGGGGAGGCCGGCAUCACCCAAGUCCUUCACCGCCAUGCAGCAGUUGGUGCGGAAGUAUUUCAUCCCCAAGUUUUCGUAUGCCGACAACUACCCUUGAAGCCUCCCUGGGUGCAGGAGACACCCGAACUUCCACCCGAGGGGAAAUUCCUUCAGGCUGGGAAUGGCUGGAGGGAUGGCCAGCUUCUGGUGCCCCAGCCAGGCAGAUGGCAGGGAGGGGAGGCCGCCUGCCCGCCCGCCCGCCCGCCUUCCACAGAUGCAUCGAGACAAAAUGAAAAGUCAAUAAAAGCAAACUUAUGCCCAAGGUCACCCAAAACCUCUGUCUGCUCAUGCUUUUUGUAGUUUCCUACUCUCUUC